AUGGGGCCAGGAGAGCACCAGGUGCACAAGGAGACGCCUGGAUGGAUCCUUGGAUGCAAGAGAAGGCUGGGGAACUCGUUGUUUGAUGUUGUGCAGUCUUGUCAUCAUCUAGCUCUAGUUGUGAAAGUUCAAUGGAAAGCCCCGUCCCCGGUGCGUAAUUACCCUGUCAACGCUGGCGGCGGUCCUCAGCAUGCGCAACAAGGUGGGUUAUUAGCUCCGCUGCCGCCACCGUUGGAUGUGAGGAGACCGCCUCCCGCGUUGCCCGUGCAUCUCAUGUCCGAUACUGGGUUGCCGCCGCUGACACCCAAUGUUCCGCCGCCUACCCACGCACCUCCGCCUCCACGGGUUCCACUUGGCCGAGUUCCUGAGCCCCAAGCACGAGCAGCAGAAGGUCCUGCAAAUCCCGUUCCUGUUGUCAAACGUUCGCGUCCAGAGUCAGGAAGCGGGUACAGUUUCAAAUUC